UUCUAUGCCAAGGAUCAGCAACAGGUAUUAUGUGGCCAGAUCAAUGGACCAUUUCAACAGUCGACGGAGGCAGAAGUGCACAAUUUGAACAUACAUUAUUAGUGGAUGAUGAUGGAGUACAGAUAUUGACUGAAUAAAAUAAAAUCGCAGUAUCAUGAUCAUGGGGUCUAUUUAAUUGGUGUUCCGUCAUUACGACAUUCUUUUUUCUUUUCUUUUACUUUUAUUACGAUGAAAUUACCGACUUUAACACUUGUACUUGUUACUGUGCUUGGAUUAGCCAAUGCUAGCUAUUUGCCUGGUUUAGUGGUUCAACAGGAUGAUGUUGGAUUUACUUUGGGUGAUUCUACUAAAUUGAUUACUAGUUGUGGUGAUGAUAAAGACAUUUUAAGUAUUGACCAUAUUGGUUUAUCGCCUGAUCCUCCAGUCAAAGGACAAGACCUUCAGAUUGAUUUCAAGGGCUAUUUGUCCGAAACUGUGCCUAAUGGUACGGUUGUUGAUAUCAUUGUCAAGUAUGGUGUUGUCAAAUUGAUUCAAAAGACAUUUGAUUUCUGUGACAAAAUUCAAGAAGUGGAUGAAAAGUGCCCUAUUCCUCAAGGUGAAUUGACGUUUACCAAAGUAGUCUCUUUACCUAAAGAAAUUCCUCCUGGAAAGUACACAGUGCAUGCUGAAGUAUACACACCAGAAAAGAAGAGAGUUACUUGUCUUAUUGGUCAAACAGUCUUUCCUCGUACUCGCUUCGAAUAAGCGCUCUUUAUUAUUUUUUGAUAUUUGGAAUAGCUAGUUUUGCUUUUUCCUUGUAUUUGUGUUGUAAAUCUUCAAGUGUUUUUUCAAAUAAAUGUCUUAUGG